AUGUGCGCUCAAGUUGAACUGCAAGUCAUCCAGCAGAGCUGCCAUGCCCUGAUACCGGGGCUGAAGACCACCUAUGGCUAUACACCUUCCCAGGCUGCCGGUAUCGUCUUUGUCACUCCUUUCGGUUUGUCCAUGUGUUUGCACACCACCCAGAUGGCAUGGAAGAGGAACUGGUGGUGCCUCGUCUUCGUCCUCGGCUUCCUGAGUACGAUAUUUCCCACACCCCCCCCCCUUCUUCUCCCCUCCUCCUCGGUAGCUAUACAGAUUGCAAAGAGAAAGGUUGCCCGGCCUCCUAGACCCCUUGGAUCCCCAUCUAAAAUCAUCCCCCUCCUUCUAGGCACUCCAAAAGGCGCCAUGAAACUAGCAACCUGGCUCUCAGAGUCCCGAUUCUUCGAGGAUACCUGUCCUCGACGCCCUCUCCUUAGCACCUAA